AUGGAAGAGGAACUUACACCCAAAAAGCAUAACCUCAGCAGUUUUGGAGCACAUGCUAAAUUAAAAAUUAAAACAAGAUUUGAGAACAAUGCAUCCCCAAUUAACUUUGUCAAGACUGUAGGGUUCACUCCCUCUCUGAAAAGUCGAGAGAGAAUGAUACCGUUACAAAGAGAAAAAUCUGUGGAUAUGAUUUUAAAAGAAGAGCCUUCCUUCCCUAAGUUAAAUUCUAAGAGUUCAUCAGGACAAAAAUUUCGUAUGAGGCCUAGUUCAAUGCAUUCAGAGAAAAAGAAAAGGAUAAGGUCAAUUAACACAAGAUAUCAACCGAAUAAGGCUACUCAGCUUGAAGAAUUAAAAGAAGUGACUUCUAAGAAAAAUUCAAGAAAAACUAAAAAACUCAAAAUUCUCAAAAUAGCAAGAAGAGGAUCUGAAGCCAUGAGCAAAAUGCUUUACAAUACUAAGCCACCUUUGCCAAGAAAGCCUAAGUUUGAUCGGGAAUUGGAGAAUAAAAGAGUCCUUCAGCCUACAGUGUCUUUUCUUGGCAGUCGGAAAACUAGUAUCAACCAGAGCGUUAUUCCUUUUAAGCAGCCCACAACACAAAGUUUUCUUAAAAGCUCACUCAGGCGUAAUAUCUCUGUUGUGAGUGAUCUGAAGUCUGUCAUGGGAGUUAAAAAUAAAAUGGGAGCUACAAUCCGGUCAAAAAGCCAAAGUAGAAUGACUAUCUUAGUUAAACCAAAACCUAUUGAUAAAUAAAGAAGAGGAGAAGAGAAAGUUGAUCACUAAGCUUCUGAGCAAAAAUAGUGAUGAUGUUGACCCAGAUUCUAUCAUUUUCUCGAUUCCGAAUUCUGUGAUUAUGAAGUCCAAACAGUGGUCGUUGUCGAAUGAUAAAUUAGCAGAAAUAAACCAAGCGGUGAUUUCUGAAUGAAAUCUGCUCCUAAAUUCUAAAACAGGGACGAGCAGAAGAAAAGGAAUGGAUGAGGCGAUUAAAUCAUACAUCGAGAGAGACCUUAUUCAAAAGUUGAAACAGAAUACCUGGAAUUGGAUUGUUGCUAACAAACGUGAGUAUGUCAACUUCAUGGCUACAAAUUAUGACAAAUUUAAAAAGUGGUUAAUAAAUCGGAAGAUAAAGCCUACUAGCACUGUGAAAUUACAAAUGAAUGGAAAGGGGCAAAAUGAUAGACAGACUAUCAACGAAGAAGAACUCGCCUUCACCAAGAAGACAUUUAACAAAAUGAUGAAUAGCUUUGGUCUGGGUAAGGACAAGGAAACUUUAGAUUAAAAAUCUUUUGGGUGCUGGAUAAAGAUGACUCAGGAGACCUCGACUACCUCGAAUUCGUCCUGGGCAUUCAGAUGAUGAAACAAAAUUCCUUUAAGGAAUAAAAUUCAUUGCCUUCUUCGAUAUGUGCGAUCUUGAUGGAGAUGGUUAUGUUGAUAAAAGUAUGUUCACCAUGCUAAAGAAUUCAAACGUUAAAAUACCAAUUAAGAAUUUGAAAAACUCAGAAAAGAUUUCUAGAGAAGACUUGAUUAAAAGCUUAGAAAGCAAAGAAUUUAUAAACGAACUUAAGCCGUUUAAGCUUUCAGAAUAUUUCAAGAGAUAUGAAAGCUUGAUAGACCUCCAGUCAAAUGAUGUCGGAAACCUAGCUAGGAUAUGAAGAGCUUUAGAGGAGAAAUACAAACUCAA